AUGUCUUCACUUGGUGUUUGCAAUAUUAACAAUAAAUUUUGUGGUUGCCAAACUUAUAUGGAAAACGAUAAUAAUCCAGGAAAAUGUUUUUAUUGCAAUCAUUUUAACGCGUUUCAUACCGGGUUUUCCAUUUUGUUUCGAAAUUCUUCAACGCCAUUUUUGGGAGCUUGCCAAAAAGAGGGAGCUUCAUGUGGAUGUCAAGCUUUUUUCGCUGUUCCUAAUGACCGAUUGAAAUGCAAAUAUUGUGAUCAUUUUUCUGCACUUCAUAAGAUGACUUUUCCAAAUAGUGUUUCUAGUUUGUCCGAAUCUAUCAACAAAAAGUCUGUGGGCAUUAUUAGAAGGGAGGGAAAUAAAAUUUUAACUACAGGUCAUCCCAAAAGCCAAUCACUUACUCUUAACAAUAUAUUAUUGUUUUUUAAAGAUAGUUGGAAAAAUAAAUCAGCUCCAAGAAAAAAUACUUCGACUUGGAAAAAAAUGAAGAAAAGAGGUUUAAUUAUUGAACGAGUAACAUUUAAUAAGGAUGAUAUUAAAAAUUUUAAUACUAAAAUUGUUAGUUUAUUUCAAAUUGAUAUUGUUGCGAAUAAUAUCAUUAUAUUAAAAGGUACUAAAGGUGAAUUUAAAUCUUCAAUUUGUCAGAAUAAAACAUUAAAGAAUUUGAGAUCAAAUAUAUCAAAAAGCAACAGAAAAUUGUAUCUUGCAUUGGUAGAUAAUUCCAAUGACGAGUCUUCUGUGAUGAAUAUCAAAAACUUGAUUAGUUGA